AAACCGUACUAGCCACAUAGGUGAACGUUUAGCACUAGCUUAGCUCGUGUGGACGGUCCUCAGUACACUAACUAAGCCGAACUGUGGACGUUUGCUGUACACUCCUUUUAGUACAACACCGACCUGACAGUUCAUUGAAACCAGUGAUGUAGUGCUGAUUAAACGGGCGUCUUCCUAAACUGUGAAGAAAAAAAAAUGUCCAGUAGAAGCCAGCACUAUGGAUUCCAGUCAGCCACCAUGGUGCAGCCUUCCAGUGGCAGUCAUGCCUAUCUAUUUGGAAACCACAGCUCAGAGAAUGACCUGUCAGAGGAGGAUGGGGAGAGCUAUGAGCUGCGCCCACGUGGCAGAGAGAGGCUGCGGAGCAGCACGUCCAGAGAUAGGAUUGAUAUAAUCUACCUAACCAGGGAUAUCCAGGAGGGCGACACCCUGAACAGCAUUGCCCUGCAGUACCACUGUUCAGUGGCUGAUCUUAAGCGAGCCAACAACCUCUUGACAGAGCAGGACUUUUUUGCCCUGCGCUCAGUUAAGAUUCCUGUGAGGCGUUUCAGUGUCCUCACUGAGAGUCACAGCACUGGACCCAUCAAAUCUGCCUCCCCUGCCACCCCGUCAGGUGCCAAGCGCCUGCCUCAGAUCUCUCCUGUUACCUCCCUCCCUUCGGAGUCUUCCACAGACUCCUCGUCUUCAGACAGUGUGGAAGGAUUCCUCCUCGAAAAGGACAAGGACAUUGAGCGAUUGGUGAAAUCCACAGGCCCGUCCCGGAGCAGCCUGAAUGAGGUCGUAUCCUCCUUAUCGCUGCAGCAGCCACUGCUAAGAGAAGUAGAGUAUAAACCAGCACAAAGAAAGGACCCUUACUACGGGGCAGACUGGGGCAUGAGAUGGUGGACGGCUGUGGCCAUUAUGCUAAUUGUUGGUAUUGUCACACCUGUGUUUUAUCUGCUGUACUACGAGGUUCUCAUGAAAACUGACAUCAGCCGUCAUGGAAUUCCUACAUCAGCUGAUGGCAUUCCUAAUGACAACAGGCCCCAUGAACACCACCAUAAUAAUUUGGACCUUUCUGAUGGGAAAGACCAUGUAGAGGCUGGACCUGGACAGCAUGUUGGAAAUGUGAUUAAUGGAGAUUCCCAGGGACAUGGUGUGGACAGAGCAGGAGAUGGUGGACUUGUAAACAAAUAGCAAGGGAUUAUGACUUUGCUUUCAAAUUUGUUGCUAGCUCAUAGACCUAAUAAAAUUGAGUGGACGUUCUCACUUGAGUUUUUGACUUGAUACUGCAACAGUCACUUUAUAGCGACAACUCAUUUUUGUAAGGCAGAGAGACUAGGAAUAAGGCCACAAUCAUUCCUUGCGUCGGUCCACUGAGUCCAUACUUGUUUUUCCGAGUGUCGAUGGGCAGAAAAUGAGGCAGUUUUUGUGCUGUUGCAUUUUCACUAAGCAUCACAAAUUGAAUCCAAGUUAAAAAACAAACCAAGAAAGACAACAUUACUGUAACCACUUUGUUUACAGAUGGAUCAGUGACCAUGCCUCAAUGAACCAUCAGUCCUGUGUAUUUGAAUUCUAAGCGGUUUUUAUUGACUUUGGUCUAGCUGUAUUUCCUGUACAUGGUAACAUUGUUGUAUACUUUAUAAAACUUUGUUGGAAAGUUAUGAUAGCUUGCUCUGCAUUUAACGCAAUUAAUUUAUUUCAGUACUAUUGCGCAUUGGUCUUUACCAUCAGUAUUGGAAGUUACUCAUACUUGUAAUUAUAUGAAAUGUUAGACCUUGUUAUAUAGCCCUUUAUUUUUUAAUCACUGUGCUCACUUGACAUUUUAUGAAAAAGCAUUGUGUUGUUGACAGUACGUGCCUUUCAACCUGUGGAAGUGUGCUACAGGCUGGAGAAUAAAUAUAUCUAUUUUGAAUAAAUUAUUGGCAACAUGCACAUAGUUUGGCAUUUCCUAUUUACACAAGUCUUUAUGG